CUCGUCUUCGAUAAAUAGGGUUUUCGAAAGCCCUAAAACCAUUGUCGUUCACUCCUAGCAGUCGCCGUCGCGGAGCGGAAGGGUUUCACCACCAAGAGCUUCAAUGGGGAUCGAUCUCGUAGCAGGAGGCAAGAGCAAGAAGACCAAGAGGACUGCGCCUAAGUCCGACGAUAUCUACCUCAAGCUCCUCGUGAAGCUGUACCGAUUUCUUGUCCGAAGAACUGGAAGCAAUUUCAAUGCAGUGAUCCUCAAGCGGUUAUUCAUGAGCAAGGUGAACAAGCCACCAAUUUCACUAUCCAGACUUGUCAAGUUCAUGAAGGGAAAGGAAGAUAAAAUCGCCGUCGUUGUCGGAACCGUGACCGACGACAUUCGUGUUUAUGAAGUUCCAGCUUUGAAGGUUACAGCCUUGAGGUUUACCGAGACUGCAAGGGCAAGGAUCGAGAAGGCUGGUGGCGAGUGCUUGACCUUCGACCAGCUUGCCCUGAGAGCUCCUCUUGGCCAGAAUACGGUUCUCCUUCGUGGACCGAAGAACUCCCGAGAAGCCGUGAAGCACUUUGGUCCUGCUCCUGGUGUACCUCACAGCCACACGAAACCGUACGUGAGGGCGAAGGGAAGGAAGUUCGAGAGAGCUAGAGGAAAGAGGAACAGCAGGGGUUACAGAGUUUAGUUUCAGUACCAUGUUCAGCGCUAUUUGUGAGACAGAAAAUUCACGUUUUGGUAAACUUGAAGAUACAUUAUCAUGUGAGAUUCACUCAUUUCUUUGUUCAAGUUUUCGCUAUUACAACAUCACAAUCGUAUUCAAUGAGAAACAUCUUGUAUUUUCUUUCCUCCCA